AUGUCUCCAUUGUUCUUUCCAGAGAGGUUUGAGGUUCUUGGUCCAGCUGAUCCUGUAGUUGCUGUAGCUGGUGAAGAUGUUGUUCUGCCCUGUUACCUCAAACCCAACAUCAGUGCUGUGGACCUACAUGUCGAGUGGUUUAGAGUUCAGACCAAUAACCCACUUGUACAUCUUUACCGGGAUCAUGAGGACAGAAAUGAGAAUCAAGUUCCAUCCUACAGGGGAAGGACGUCACUGUUUCCUGAGGAACUCAGCAAAGGAAACACUUCACUUAAAUUGAAUGAAGUCAGAGGCUCUGACGAUGGGCGAUAUAAAUGUUUUGUUCGCUCUCAUGAGUGGUCUGAAGAUUCCUCAAUUAAUCUCAAUAUUAAAGCUGUAGGAACCCAACCUGUGAUCUCCAUCGAGGGAUAUAAAGAAGGAGGGAUCAGUCUGGUGUGUGAAUCUAAAGGCUGGUACCCUCAGCCUCAAGUGGUCUGGAUGGACAGUGAAGGACACAAUCUCCCUGCUGGACACACAGAGACACACAGAGACAGUAUGGACCUCUUCAUCAUGAGACGACGAGUUAUUGUACAGGAGACAGAGACCAACAGGUUCACCUGUCGAGUUCUACAGCAACAGUUAAACGAAAUGAAAGAGACAAUAACUGACAUCCCAGGUGAGAUGUUUCAUCGUGCCCAUCCCUGGAAAGUGACCUUUGCUGUUGUCAUCUCUCUGGCUGCUGUUGCUGUUCUUGGAUGUACAGUUUUGGCUCAUCGUUUUGUAAAACUGCGAACAAAAAGAGGUCAGCUCAAAGAACAGCAUGUUCAGCUCAAAGAACAGUAUGAACUUUUAAAAGCACGAAGUUAUGCAGUUGAUGUGACUCUGGACCCUGACACAGCACACCCAAGACUCAUCCUAUCUGAGGACAGGAAACAAGUGAAAUAUGGAGAUAAAAAACAGGAUCUUCCUGACAACCCAGAGAGGAUUGACUGGUGGCCCUGUGUCCUGGGAAAAGAGGGGUUUUCUUCAGGGCGAUAUUACUGGGAGGUGCAGGUCGGGGACAAGACUGACUGGAGACUAGGAGUGGCCAGAGAGUCCAUGAACAGGAAGGAGUGUGUUACACUGAAUCCUACUAAUGGUCUCUGGCUUAUUUGGCUGAGGAAUGGAAAUGAGUACAAGGCUCUCGCUGAUCCCAUCGUGCCCCUCUGCUUGAGUGUGAAGCCCCGUAAGUUGGGGGUGUAUGUGGACUAUGAGGAGGGUCAGGUCUCCUUUUACAAUGUGGAGGACAAGUUUUGUAUCUAUAAUUUCUGUGGAUACAACUUCACUGAGAAACUUUUCCCAUUCUUUUGGCCAGGCUUCUGUUCCAGCUCACUGAUCUUAUCUCCUGUUAGUCCUCGGAACUGAAGCAGUAGAUUUACUCCAAAAGUAAUAUAUAUAUAUUUAAAAAAAUAAUUAAAUUACAUAAUCUUGGUUUUUAGAUCGUGGAGCCAUAUUUUGAAUUAAUUUGCCAUAUUUAGAAUUUUUUUUUCCGCUGGACCUUACUAUAUAUAAUGAGGGUUAAGGAUUGUAGUACAUUAAAACAAUUACAUACAACCCAUUUUGGAAGAAAAAUGCAAGUAAAUUAAAACAAUACAUGAUGUGGGGCUUUUAAUCAUUUCAGGCAUUUAUGUUUUUCCACGUGAUGACACACUUACCCACCC